GACGUUUUCCCAGUCGCUGUGAGACAGAUUGGGGAGAAUGGCUGCCAGUGGAGACGUAGGAAAGCUGUUACAAGUACAGAAUGGGACUCCAGCAAGCACAAGUUACAACGGGGUAGAUGCCCUACAUGCCUGUAACAUCCUCCAGCAGCUUAAAGCCUUGUACGACGAAGCUCAGUUGACUGACAUUGUCGUGGAAGUGGACCAUGGGAAGACAUUCUCUUGUCACAGAAAUGUCCUUGCUGCCAUCAGCCCUUACUUCAGAUCCAUGUUCACAAGUGGCCUUACAGAGAGCAGUCAGCGGGAGGUGCGGAUUGUUGGCGUGGAGUCAGAGUCCAUGCAUUUGGUUCUGGACUAUGCUUACACCUCACGGGUCACUCUCACCGAGUCUAAUGUGCAGGCCCUGUUCACCGCCGCCAGCAUCUUCCAGAUCCCAGCCCUCCAAGACCAAUGUGCCCAGUUUAUGAUCAGCCGUUUAGACCCUCAGAACUGCAUUGGGGUCUUCAUGUUCGCAGAUGCCUAUGGCCACCAGGAGUUGCGUGAACGCUCACAGGAUUACAUCCGCAAGAAGUUCCUGUGCGUGAUGGGAGAGCAAGAAUUUCUUCAUCUGACCAAAGAACAGCUGGUCAGCAUUCUUAACAGUGACGAUUUGAACGUGGAAAAAGAGGAGCAUGUGUACGAAAGCAUCGUGCACUGGUUGGAGUACGACGGCCCACGUCGGGAGGCAGAUUUACCUGAAGUUUUUGACAAAUGCAUACGCUUGCCCCUUUUGGACGAGGCCUUUCUGAGCCGUAUACCCCCAGCCUUCUCCCUGGUCUUGUCUAGGGAUUCCUCGGAUAAGGGUCGGCUCAACGGCACCAACGGCUGCCCACAGCGGCUGGGAAUGACUGCAUCCGAGAUGGUCAUCUGCUUUGAUGCGGCUCACAAGCACUCAGGGAAGAAGCAGACUGUGCCUUGCCUGGACAUUGUUGCCGGGAAGGUGUACAAGCUGUGCAAGCCACCCAAUGACCUCAGAGAGGUCGGCAUUUUGGUCUCAUCAGAGAACGACAUCUUCAUUGCUGGAGGCUAUCGGCCGAGCAAUAGCGAGGUGUGCAUCGACCACCGCGCAGAGAGUGACUUCUGGCAGUACGAACAUGCUGGCAACAGGUGGCUCCCACGAUCGCCCAUGCUUCGGGCACGCAUCGGCUGCAAGCUAGUGCACUGCUGUGGGAAACUCUACGCUCUGGGUGGUCGAGUGUACGAAGGGGACGGACGAAAUGCUUUGAAAUCCGUGGAGUGCUAUGAUGCCAGAGACAACUGCUGGACGGCGGUCAGUCCCAUGCCGGUGGCCAUGGAGUUCCACAGCACAGUAGAGUAUAAGGACCGCAUCUAUGUGCUGCAAGGAGAGUACUUCUUCUGUUUUGACCCACGCAAAGACUACUGGGGGCAUUUACCGUCCAUGAACGUUCCCCGUACUCAAGGCUUGGCCGCCCUGCAUAAAAACUGUAUCUACUACAUAGCAGGCAUCUGCAGGAACCACCAGCGCACAUUCAACGUUGAGGUGUACGAUAUCGAGCAGAACACCUGGUGCCGUAAAAGAGACCUCCCCUUUGACCAGGCGACCAGCCCCUACAUCAAGGUGCUUCUGCUUCAGGGCCGAUUGCAUCUGUUCGUUCGAGCUACUCAAGUCAUGGUAGAAGAACACGUGUUCCGUACCAGCCGCAAGAACUCUCUCUACCAGUACGAUGAUGAAGCCGACCAUUGGACAAAGGUCUACGAGACGCCGGACCGCCUCUGGGACCUUGGCCGACAUUUUGAGUGUGUGGUGGCCAAACUAUACCCUCAGUGUCUUCAGAAAGUGCUGUGAGUGGCGCGAAGGCUGUUUGAGACAGCUGAUCAAUACAUUUGGAGGAGGGGGAUGGUGGUACUGCUCAAUACAUGGUGCUGUCUGUGUCCCCAACACCAGAACUGCAGGGGAAGUCUUAGGUUUCAAUCAAUAAACUUGAGGGUGCUGUUCGAAAAAGUAAAAAACAAAACAAAAAAAAAACAGUAUUUUAUGUUCGACUAUUGUGCACAAAGCGCCCCCUCAAUCGCUUGUUUUACAGUUAGAAAAGUGAAUCAUAAGUGCAAUUAUCAGUUUUUUCUUUUGCGGAUAUUGAGUCGUUUCUGCUCCAUUGUAUGUUGCUGUUUUGGCUUGGGUUGUUGGCGUGCAUUGUUGGCGAACAUGAGCAGUCGAUGUCCUUAAGGACAAACAGUAUGUCAACAGCUGAGUAAAAUAAAAUUAAAAAAAGAAUAAUAGGUGAAAAAAUAAAUAUAUAAAGCUAUAAAUAUUCAUACGGGUAUGAUGAGCAAUUUUGCUCACUGUUAGUGUGAAUACUGUUUUCUUUCAGUUUUUCAGAUGUAUAAAUUGAUCCAUGCCACCUACAAAGAGACUUUCUGUGGUUUGAUUUAAGAAUUUAGUUAGAGAAUUUUGAUUAUUAACGGAAAUUAAUUUGUUUGCCAAGACGUACACGUAGGUGGGUUUUUUUUUUUUUUUUUUUUUUUUUUUUUUAAUAUUUUCUUUUUCUUUUUCCUUUUUAAGUCAACCCAUGUGCUACAACAUCACAGCAGUUUUUAAUUUUCAUUAAGACUCUGCUUUUAUGAUGUUUCGUUGAGCCCAGCUCCCACGUCGAAAUCUGUAUCUUUGCAAUUUCGCAUCACCAGCCAGAUCUUUAGUGAGGUUACCAGAUUAUUCUCAGUCUCCAUAUUGGAGAAGAAAAAAAAGGGAUACCAGCUUUAUGUGUAGCUGAAAUCAAAAAUAGGCAAAUUGUUGACAGCCAAACAAACAACAGAACAGCUCAGAUCAGGAGGACAUCGAGGGGGUUGGAGAAGAGGUGGCCAAAAUGUGGAUGCUUACAUUCCACUGUUAUUUAUCGACUCCUCGUAUCUGAAACCUACAGGUGCGGUUUGAAUAUAAAUGCCUCCAAAAUGCCAAAAUGUGUUCAAGGAGUCCUAGCCUGCACCCCACGGCAGCAAUAACAGGUGUUCUGUCAUUGUUUCUUAGAUAAAGUGCAUUAGAAACUUAAGCGAUGACGUUUUCAUGAAUAAUUCCAGGAAAAUGGCCUUUGUUGGUUAACGUUCAGUGAGAUGUGUUGCUAUCCAGGGAUGUUACAGUGCCUGUUCAAAUGAAAAGCCCAGGCAUCAGUGAUGGAGUGAACAAAGCCUAUGUGAAGUCUUACAGUACUUUAAAAAAAGGUCUGUUUUGCAAAUGAAUCCAGUCCUCCUAUAUAUUAGCAUUUCAUGUACUCAUACAUGCCCUGUAAAUGAACACUUUUAUUUCUUUCCAUCCCUUAUCUUCCAGUCUCAAACUAUGGAGAAGAAUAAUUGUUUUUGGUGCUGCUUUUUUGACAAUCUUGUACAGAAUAUACAGUGAUUUUACAGCCAUUUGUCGUUGCUUGACGCUUCCAAAAGUUGUCAGUCUUAUAAGUUAUUGUCUCUCGACAUUUGUUUGUUUUUCCGGCCUCAUGUUUAUUUUGUCAUGCAGGUUCCUGAUUUUGCACUACAUUAUUUCCUCCCUUGAAAGCGUCUCAGAAUAUAGCGCUCUGUUUUCAGACACAGAGACAACUGAGGACAUGGUAAGCGGCGUCUUUUAAUAAGACAGCUGAUGUGUUCUCAUGUCGGGCUCUUUGGCGCCUGCGAGGCCGAGCCUCAUCUGGGGUUUUGGUGAUGAGAAAUGACAUUGGCUUUGGUGCAGUUGGCCGCACGUUUCACAUACUUACGCUCAGUAGCACGGGAACCAGAAAUGGACACUUCUCAGGAUUAUUGUUGAUACACAGUACUGUAUUUAAAUGGUUUGUUCUAUGUGUAAUAUACUGUACCAUGUGUUUGCUGUACUUGCACAGUUUUUUUUCACAGGAUUUUUUUGUCCUUCAUUUCUAACUUGAAAAGUAGAAUUUUUUUUUUUUUUUUUUUGGUUUGUCUGUUUUUCCUCCUUUCUGAUGGGUGUGUUUUUGUUUAUCCUUUCUAUUUUAAUAUUUACUCUCUUAGGUUUAUUAGUUUAUUAUUUUGCUCUGUUAAAUUGUGAAUCACAAAACAGGACAUUAACACAAGCAUUUUCUUUCUCCUCAGAGUGUUUUUUUUUUUCCUUUGUGAUUGCAUCAGUCUUAAAGAACACAAAGCAUUACAGAAAAUAAGUUAUGGCAGUGCUACUUUCCAAAACACCAGUCUUUCAGAUGUUAAAUAAAAGCUUUGAAAGAAUUUAUAAAUUAUUCUUUUGUGUUGUUGGCUGCUGCAGGUGUGAAUGCUCUACAGCCACUUCUUUCUUUUUUUUUUUUUUUUCUGAGCUGUUAAUUUAUCCAUAGAAAUUAAAACAGUGUUUUCUUUUCUUUUUGCUUUUCUGCUUUGAAUUUUAUUUUAUGUCUUUGGUUUGCUUGUAUGUAUGGUGUGAGAGUUUAGUAAACAUUCAUUGAUCUCUACUGUGAAAUUCACCUUGCACAUGAUUUAAAAAAUAAAAUAAUAAAAAAGUAAA